AUGGAUCAAACUGAAGAAGCAGUAGCUACCCCUCUCUCAUGCUUACAUGGUUGGUAUUUGUUGAUAUAUUCCUGUAUCAAAGUUGAUUCAUCUUUUUUGAAAGAUUUCAAGCAUGAAAUUUUGAAUCAUAUUGAAACAACCACAAAAGAACUCCAAGAAAUGGAAGAAGAAUAUCAAGCAUUGAAACGAUUUAUCCAAACUGAGAUUGAUUCAUGUUCAGAAGAUCAAAAUCAACUGCUUCAAGAAGCAGAAAAUGUUCAAGUCAAGAUUGCUGCUUUUUUAAAAAACCUUCAGUGCCAUCUUCCGAUGGAGUCUCUUUCCUCAAGAAAAUAUAACAAUUGA